CAAUUCUUUUUCUUCUUCGUACGUUUGUUUAAUCUGAAGAAACCAAUAACGUGAAUCAAUUUCUUUUAGGGUUCAUCACUGGAAAAUCAGAAUGCAAUUGAAUCUCUACAAAAUCUCUCAGAUCUAAUCCCAGAUCUUUGUUGUUUCUCCGUAACCAAAUCCCAAACAGAUGAAUUGAGAUCGAUCUCACCACAAUUCGAAAUCUUUUUUGUGUUGCUGCAUUUUUUUGGUGAUGGCUCCAACACGGAUUCUAACAAGAGACGAAGAGCUUGGUGUUAUAUCUGACGAUGAUGAUUCUCCAUCGGGGAAAAGAUCUAAACUUGAUCGCUUCCCUCUUAGCCGGUGGGAACUUGCCGUUUCUCUCGGUGUCUUCCUCGUCUUCUCCUCUGGACUCUGUUGUAUCUACAUGACCAUGCCUGCUGCUGAAUUUGGCAAGCUCAAGCUUCCAAGAAGCAUCGCUGAUCUCCGUUUGCUCAAAGAUAAUCUAGCAAACUAUGCGAAUGAGUAUCCGGCGCAGUUCGUUUUAGGGUAUUGUGCCACGUACAUUUUUAUGCAGACCUUUAUGAUUCCAGGGACUAUCUUCAUGUCAUUGUUAGCUGGAGCUCUCUUUGGAGUAUUCAAAGGUGUUGUCUUGGUUGUUUUCAAUGCAACUGCGGGAGCUACUUCGUGUUUCUUUUUGUCGAAGUUGAUUGGUCGGCCUUUAAUUACUUGGCUAUGGCCUGACAAAUUAAGAUUCUUUCAAGCAGAGAUCAGUAAGCGUAGAGAUAAGCUUCUGAACUAUAUGUUGUUUUUGAGGAUAACACCAACUCUGCCAAAUCUUUUUAUCAAUCUUGCGUCUCCUAUAGUCGAUGUACCUUUCCAUGUCUUCUUUUUGGCGACAUUGAUUGGUCUCGUCCCAGCAGCUUAUAUAACCGUUAGAGCUGGCCUUGCUAUUGGGGAUCUCAAAUCGGUGAAAGAUCUGUAUGAUUUCAAGACAUUGUCAGUACUUUUCCUCAUCGGGUUUAUCUCUAUUCUUCCAACGAUACUGAAAAGAAAGAAGAUUGUCGAAUAGCCAAGAAGAAGCAUCUUACAAUACAGAGGCUUAACCUUCAAUGCUAUACAGAGGACAAGAAUACACUUAACUUGUUAGAGGACACAACUGAACCAAAAUUCUGAUUCGUUUACUUGUCACAUGUCGUGACAAUUCGUUGAUAGUUUUUUUUUUUGAGUUGGGGGUCGUAUUUUCUUGCUAUUUGGAAGUAGAAGAAGUUGAUGAGAAAUUACAGGAGCAAUACAUUUUUUUGUACAAGACAAGAGAGUAGAGACCAUCAAAUAUUUUGGUUCUGGAUUAUUAUUA